AUGUCUGUUACAACAAAAGCGACGAUUGCCUCGUUCGGAGGGAAACUACUCAAGCUGGCUCACCAAUCCAAAGUUACUGGUACAGAGAUGAACUUCAAUCUAUAUCUUCCACCUCAAGCCACGGGAAAGGAGUCGUCCAAGGUUCCAGUGCUAAUCUGGUUGUCUGGAUUGACCUGCACACCUGAUAACUGCAGCGAAAAGGGCUUCUUCCAACAUGGCGCAAGCAAAAAAGGCAUCGCGGUGCUGUACCCUGACACGAGUCCACGUGGUGCCAAUGUUCAAGGCGAGGAUGAGUCGUAUGAUUUUGGCUCAGGUGCCGGCUUUUACGUCGAUGCUACAAACGAUCCAUGGUCUAAGAACUACAAAAUGUACUCAUAUGUUACUGAUGAACUCCCAUCUACAGUUUUCGAGAACUUCAAGCAGCUAGACUCGAGCCGUGUCAGUAUUACCGGACACAGUAUGGGCGGUCACGGGGCGCUAUCCCUUUUCUUGAAGAACCCUGGCAAGUACAAGAGUGUCAGCGCUUUUGCACCAAUCGCAAAUCCUCUCAAGGCACCCUGGGGUGAGAAGGCCUUCAAAGGUUACUUUGGGGAGAGUGAUUGGCAAAGUAAGGGCGCAGAAUAUGAUUCGACAGAGCUGCUCAAGAAGUGGAAAGGUGAACCCUUGGAUAUUUUGAUCGAUGUGGUAAGCACAGUAACGAGAGUCAAUCAGGCUUGGCUAAUCACCACGCAGGGAACCGGCGACAAUUUCUACAAGCAGAAGCAGUUACUCCCUGAGAACUUCACUGAAGCUGCCAAGUCCAUUGGUCAAGAAAAGGGUGUCAACAUCCGAUACCAGCCUGACUAUGACCACAGUUACUUCACCAUGGCCAGUUUCUCGGAUGACCACGUCGACCAUGCUGCAAAGCACCUCUUUGCAUAG